AUGAGCUUCAAGGGUUUCCAGAAGGGCCUGACGCGGGCGCCCCAGCAGUUCAAGUCCAGGUUCAAUAUCGGAGAGCACACCAAAGAUGCCGUAUACAUCGAUGCCGAACGCCGAUUUCAGGAGCUUGAGACAGAAACCAAGAAGCUGCACGACGAGUCCCAAAAAUACUUCGAGGCCAUCAAUGGCAUGCUCUCGCACCAGAUCGGAUUUAGCCAAGCCAUGACCGAGAUUUACAAGCCCAUUUCCGGGCGCAUGUCGGAUCCGGAGUCGAUGAAGAUUGAGGGCAAUCCCGAGGGCAUCGAAGCCUGCGAGGAGUACGAGUCCAUCGUCAAGGAGCUGCAGGAGACAUUGGCACCCGAGCUGGAGAUGGUUGAUACCAGGGUGAUUCGCCCCGCCAACGAGCUGUUGGACGUGAUCAAGGUGAUCCGCAAGACGGUGGUCAAGCGCGAACACAAGAGGCUCGACUACGACCGGCACCGCACCGCACUCAAGAAGCUGCAGGAUAAACCCGAGCGCACCGCAAAGGAUGAGAAGGCCAUGUGGAAGCUCGAAGGCGAAGUCGAGCAGGCGACCCAGGACUUCAACUACUUCAACGACCUCCUGAAGGAUGAGCUUCCCAAGCUGUUCCAUCUGGAGCGCGAGUUCAUCCAGCCCCUCUUUCAGUCAUUCUACUACAUGCAGCUCAACAUCUUCUACACGCUGCACGAGCGCAUGCAACGCUGCGAUAUCGGCUACUUCAACCUGACUCUCGAGAUUGAGGACGCGUGGGUCGAGAAGCGCGGUGAUAUCCAGGAGCAGACAGAGCAGCUGUCCAUCGUACGCUUCCGGACAACAGGCCAACGACGCCCCAUCAAGUACGGCAGCAAGCCGGCCCUCGAAGGUACCAAGCCGCAGGGCCUCCUCACGGGAGCCGCAGGUGGCGCGGCAGAGAAGCCCCCGUCCAAGUUUAGCCAACUACACCCGAGCACAGCCAGCGGAGAGGAGGGGCAUUCCAGCCCUCCGCCGCCCUACACCGUCGGUGCCCACAACAACCUGUCGGCUAUUGCCGCAUCAAAGCCCAAGCCCAAGCCGCCGCCACCGAAGCCCAAGCCCAUGCGCUUAAGCAACCAGCCAGCACCCGAGACGGUUACCGCCCUGUACGAUUUCGCGGCCCAGGCAGACGGCGACCUGAGCUUCAGUGUGGGUGACGUCAUUGAGAUCGUGGCGAGGACGAACAACGACAAUGAGUGGUGGACGGGGAAGCUGCGUGGGAAGCAAGGACAGUUCCCAGGUGAGACAUCUCGAUCUCGUCGGAUCAUGAAGAUUGCGACACUGACCAUCUCUGCGUGA